AUGACGGUACCUAUGAUGAAGGAUAAGUCUAAGCCGAAGCGGGCCCUCUCUCCCUACGCCGUUUUCGUGCAAUCAAUGCGUGAUGAGCAUAAGAAGAAGAACCCGUCAGCAUCGAUUGAUUUUUCGACGUUUUCGAAGGAAUGCUCUGCCAAGUGGAAGGCUCUAUCUGCCAAGGAAAAGAAAAAAUAUGAAGAUAUCGCGGCGAAGGACAAGGAACGGUAUCAAAAGGCCAUGAAGAACUACACACCGCCCUCUAGUGAUGACAAGAAAAAGAAGAAGAAGGAUCCUAAUGCUCCGAAGAAGCCUAUGUCCGCUUUCUUCCUAUUCUGUCAAGAUGAACGUCCUAAGGUCCGAGAGGCUCAUCCAGAUUGGUCUGUUGGUCAAUGCGCAAAGGAACUCGCUUCUCGGUGGGAGCAAUGCAAGAAUAGGUCGAAAUAUGAAACUCAGGCUUCUCAGGAGAAGGCCAAGUAUCAAAAGGCAAUGGAAAAGUACAAUGCAAAGAAGGGCGAUGACAGUUCGUAA